AUGGCAGCAGAGGACUUGAAGCAGUAUCUGCGACGGUGGCGACGCGAGGGGCGAGACGGCGCGCUGCCGUCAACAGCAGCAGCGGCAGGAGGAACAUCUUCAAUCGCCGCGGAACUGCCGCGUAGCUUCAGGCCGCACCGCAUCGUUCCGCUGGUUUAUCUUGGGGCUCUGAAGGAUGUGGCCGACGUCUGGGCGCUGCAUCAGCGGCUUCUGCCGGAGGAACUGCUGCUGAUUGUCUCCACGUGCAGCCGCAGCCCCACGCCAACGCUAGAGAUGCGGGAGUUGCUGCUUCCAGCGAGACCGCCACGCGCGACGGGGGCUGCGCCUCGGGUGCGGAGGCUGGCGGUGUGCUCGUGGGAGAAACUGAACGAGCUCUUCCCCUGCCUUUCCGGCGGUCCGAGGCCUCGGACGGGGGCGGAAGGAGGGCUGCGUGCAGCAGCGGCGUGGCUGCGGCACUCGCUGGAGUCGAGAUCGUUUUUGGGCGACGGCGACGCAACGGACGCCCCGUCGGCGGACGCCGCCCCCUCCCGCGGGAGCGGCGCUGGGUUGGUCUACCUGAAGCUCUGCCUGCCGUGGCGCGAUGAGCCGGCGUUCCCGGCGCGGGCGCACUUUGAGGUCGCCACCGCGCUCAUGCGGGCGGUGGUGGAGGGGUUGAGGCGGGCUGUGGUGUGUCACUGCGUGGCGGGCGCGUCACGCUCCGUCACGCUGGUGUGUGCGUACCUUCUCUGCUGCUGCGGUGGCGUUGCGGCUGGGCCCAUGCUUGCGUGCGCGUCGGAGGAGGUCGUGAGGACGGUACUUGACUUUGUACGCGAGGUUCGACUGUGUGCGUGCCCCAAUGAAGGCUUCAUGCGGCAGCUGACAGAGUACACCGGCAGUCUCCUCUCCGCCAAAGUCAUGCAUGCCUAA